CGGCCAUGGGAAUAGGAUCCUCCUCGUACUGCUCCUCUCCUGCCCUGCCCUGAGGAGCAGUAUCGUCCGUCGUCGCCGAGCGGCGCAGCAGCCGGUGGCCGAGGGGAGACCGAGAUUUAUUCUCCGGAGGCGCCGAAUCCGGCUCGAGGGCGUUUCCAACACAUAAAUAGUUUGCUAGCAUGCAGACAGUGUCCAGUAGCCUUUGCGCCAUUUGAGGCAUAAUGGACAUAGCUUUUCUCAUGUUGUUGGUUCUUUCUCUGCUCCUGUUCCCUAAUGGCAUCUGCAAGAGUUUAGCCACAGGACCUCCUGUUGUGAAUAUUGGGUCUAUUCUUCAGUUUGACUCCACCACCGGGGGUGUUGCGGCAGUUGCCAUCCAUACAGCCUUGGAAGAUAUCAACUCUGAUCCAACAGUUCUAAAUGGAACUACACUAAAGGUUCAAAUCAAGGAUACAAAUUGCUUUGAUGGUUUCCUUGGCAUGGUUCAAGCUUUGCAGUUCAUGGAGACUGAUGUUAUUGCACUCAUUGGCCCUCAGUGCUCCACAAUUUCUCAUAUCAUUUCAUACGUAGCAAAUGAGCUUCGAGUCCCUUUGAUGUCCUUUGCUUCUGAUGCAACUCUUUCAUCGAUACAGUUCCCGUUCUUUGUCAGGACGGGUCCCAGUGAUCUCUAUCAAAUGGCGGCUGUGGCAGAAGUUGUUGACUACAACCACUGGAAGAUAGUGACUGCCAUAUACAUUGAUAAUGUUUAUGGUAGAAAUGGCAUUGCUGCUUUGGAUGAUGCACUUACUUUAAAGCGCUGCAAAAUAUCCUACAAGGUUGGGUUUCCUUCCAACGCUAAAAGGAGUGACCUCAUAAAUUUGUUGGUUAGUGUCAGUUCUAUGGAGUCUCGUGUUAUCAUUCUCCAUACUGGAACUGAACCUGGACUCAAGCUUUUCUCUAUUGCACACCAACUGAACAUGAUGGGCAACGGCUAUGUGUGGAUUGCAACUGACUGGCUGUCUGCAUAUCUUGAUGCUAAUUCAUCAGUUCCUGUUGAGACUAUAUCUGGUCUGCAAGGUGUUCUUACUUUACGGCCACAUAUUCCCAACUCAAAGAUGAAGAGUAAUUUGGUCUCCAAAUGGAGCACGCAAAGUAAAAAGUACAACUACAGUGAUGUUUGUAUAAAUACUUAUGGUUUUUAUGUUUAUGAUAGUGUCUGGGCAGUAGCUCAUGCUCUGGAUGCCUUCUUUGAUGAUGGUGGUAGGAUUUCCUUUUCAAAUGACUUGCAUGAUGGAACUGGAGGAACUCUUCACCUUGAAGCAAUGAGCAUUUUUGACAUGGGAAAUAAAUUACUGGAGAAGAUUAGAAAGGUAAACUUCAGUGGGUUAUCUGGGCAAGUGCAAUUCGAUGCUGUAGGCAACCUCCUUCACCCUGCGUAUGACAUCAUAAAUGUCAUCGGAAAUGGCAUGCGGACCAUUGGUUUUUGGUCAAAGUAUUCUGGCUUGUUGUCGACUGUCUCUCCAGAGGCUCUAGAUUCAAAGCCUCCUAAUACUUCUCUAGCCAAUCAGCAUCUCUAUGAUGUUAUUUGGCCUGGGGAGACUGCACAGAGGCCUCGAGGAUGGGUUUUUCCUUCUAAUGCCAAGCAGUUGAAAAUUGGUGUUCCCAACAGAUUUAGCUUCAAAGAGAUCGUCACGGUAGACAAUGCUACUGGGUCAAUGAAGGGUUAUUGCAUCGAUGUCUUUACUCAGGCAUUGGCUUUGCUUCCUUAUCCUGUUAGUUACAAGUUUGUACCUUUUGGGAAUGGUACUGAAAAUCCUAAUUAUGACAAACUCGUACAGAUGAUUGAAUCAAAUGAGUUUGAUGCAGCUAUAGGGGAUAUUGCAAUUACAAUGAGGCGGACAGUAACUUUUGAUUUCACCCAGCCAUUCAUUGAAACAGGUUUGGUUAUCUUGGCUCCGGUUAAAGAGCAUAUAACAUCGUCCUGGGCAUUCUUGCAGCCAUUUAGUUUGGAGAUGUGGUGUGUUACAGGGCUAUUCUUUCUUAUUCUGGGUGUGGUUAUUUGGAUUCUUGAACAUCGGAUCAAUGACGAUUUCCGUGGUUCAGUAUGUCAACAAAUAAUAACUAUUUUCUGGUUCAGCUUUUCGACUUUGUUCUUCGCACACAGAGAAAAUACUAUGAGCACCUUAGGGCGUGGUGUCCUGAUCAUAUGGCUGUUUGUUGUUUUGAUAAUUGUAUCCAGCUAUACCGCGAGUCUUACUUCCAUCCUGACCGUGCAACAACUCGAUACUUCUAUAAAAGGAAUCGAGGACCUGAAAAAUAGCAAUGAUCCUAUUGGUUUCCAAGUUGGUUCUUUUGCACAAGACUACAUGGUCAAGGAGCUCAACAUCUCACGGUCAAGGCUAAGAGCUCUUGGUUCACCACAAGAAUACGCUGAAGCCCUCAAGAUAGGCCCUAAGGAAGGAGGUGUUAUGGCCAUUGUCGACGAGCGCCCCUAUGUUGAACUGUUUUUGUCAACCUACUGCAAGAUUGCGGUAGCUGGCACAGAUUUCACCAGCAGAGGAUGGGGCUUUGCAUUUCCAAGGGACUCCCCUUUGCAAGUAGACCUCUCCACCGCAAUCCUGUCUCUGUCAGAGAAUGGGGAGCUGCAGCGGAUCCAUGCCAAAUGGCUCAAUACAGGGGAGUGCACAACUGACAACAGUGAGCUUGUCGACUCGAACCAGCUCCGCCUUGAGAGCUUCCUUGGUCUGUUCCUAAUCUGUGGUGUGGCAUGUGUUCUCGCGCUGCUACUCUACUUUGGUAUCAUGCUAUGCAAAUAUCUGAGGCAUGAACCGUGGAAGAGCCUCAGAAGAUUCAUCUCGUUCGUCCAUGGGAAGGAGCCGCCGAAGAACAAGGAGAGGCAGUCCAUGAGCCUGCCUGGAAGCUCGACGACAACAACGCCGAUGAGCAGCCAUAGUUCCCUUGACAUGGAAAGGCCGGCCAGGCCAGUCAGAAACGGUAGCAUUAUUGAUAUGGAAAGCUAAUUCAUGUGUAGAAAGCUAGUUAACAAUGCGGUCGACUAACCUAGGUUCUGGUAGUCGGACAGCAGGGCUGUAUAGGAGGAUUCGAAAUACUUCGUAAGUACUCCCUCCGAUUCAACUUAAUUAACUUUGACUUGGUACAACCUUAGUACAAAGUUGUACUAAGUCGGCGCAAUUAAUUUUGAUCUGAGGGAGUACUAAAGUUUAUGAAAUAACAGAAGGAAGGAUUAAUAAGAAAUAGAAAUAUUGAAAUGCUCCUCCUGUCCUACAUAUAUUGUUUUUACCUUUGCAUGUGUUUGAUAGGGCGUAGUAGUAGUGUGUGGGUACUUCAGUUAGAAGGUAUGCAGUGGACCAGUCUAUCGACCGUGUGGCAAUGCCUGUAGUUUGUAGCACUAAACUUUGAUGCCCAUUCAUAAACUAAUUUAGACGGAGCCGCACAAAGAUUGUGUUUUUUUUUUUUGCUCACACACUCUGUUUUGUCUCAGUUUUAGUCCAGGGCAACUUUGAAGCUUAUCCAGGGCAACUUUAACUAUUUACAGGAGAAAUUGUUAAAGACCUUAUUAAGAAGUGAAGAAGAAUAGACGUCUCCAGUUUUUGUUUCUCCAACUCUAUGCCUACACUGUAAAUUAUUUAUGGAUUAGCUUCAGUUGAUGCAACUGUACUCUUUCUGGUAGGUCUGAGAUGCGACUGAGCCAGAUCGAUCCUGAGCUAGCUACUUGUCUCCCUUAAGUCUUACAGCAAGACAAAUGCACUGGACUACAAAGAGGAAAUUCCUGCAGGCAUAUUCAUCGCGCUUAUGUUUUGACGUGUUGCGGGGAACCAAGAGCCGUUCAACAGCGCAUUUCUGGGAUAAGCCACUGGUCUUACAGUAAAGGUAGCGGUGAUGAACUGGUUUCAAGCGUGCUGAUCAGUUCUGCUGUUACUAAUAUAUCAUGGCAUCUUGCUGCUCUCGGUCGAUGUUCUGUCAAAUCAUCUCCAAAAAAUAUCAGUAGCACCUGUUUUAUUUCCCCGUCUUUUUUGCGUUUUGAUGCACAUCCUGCUCUGUUGCAUAUCGUUCCUUGCGUGUGACUGGUUUCGUCGCCGUUCACUCUCGGUUGAACGGAGAAGCGAAAGCGGGCAAGUAAGCCUGUCUACUCUGUCCCUUUUGUAUAGUCCUGGGAUCAGAGAAGAUAGCUGGCAAUCUGGAUCAGCCUGGUUUUGAAACGCGACUUGUUUUCCACUGACUGUUUUGCGUUGGCAGCUACUGCAGUUCAAGUGGGAAGCUGGAGAGGAGGAAGAAGACGAAGGUCCCAACAGCCAGAGCAAAAAGGUGAACCAAUGCUUGCCUUUUUAAUUACUAGGAGAAAGAAACAUUGAGGCAGAAAUUACUUCCAGGCAAGAUCGAUCGAUUGGCAGCUAAUUUAGUAGGCUGGAUGGCAUUGAGAAAUCCAGAAACGAUUUCAUACACAUAUGGUACAUGAGUACAUCCUCUCUCUCUCUCAAAUAUUUGAGUAUUCAUAAAAAAAAAUGAAUUUUCUGAAAUAAGGGAGCACAUCUUCUCCAGAAUUGAUCACCGAGGUCAUCUAUUAAGCAAUCCAGGUUCGCCUAGUUAUCUAUUUCAAAAUUUAUGGCGAACAAUUUGGGUGGUGUUUUUUCAAAGUACAAGGCACAUAUUUAUAGUUCAUUGAAAUGCAUCUAUCUUUUGACCUCAUUAAUAUCUCAUCCUUCAUAAUAAAGUAUGGGAAACGCUUCCUAACAGUAAUCUGAUAGGAGCAAAUCUUCAGACUAGUCAAGAGACGUCGAUGCAGCUUUCAUCUCAUGGCUGAAAUUGAUUCCAAAUCUGGGCGAUUUUGUUCCCAUGUAUUCACCCAUAAUCACUCCCAUAAUAAUUGCACCAGCCCCAAACCCACCUGUUCCCAUCUCCCUCGCCUGUUCCCAAAUCACCUCCAUCUCUGAGCUCUCACCCCGAAUCCAUGCGCCAUGAUUCAGCCAUCCCCCAUUGGACCAUGAGAUUAACAGGGCCGGUGCGCCGUCCCAUCCGGUGGCCGCGCCCCUUCUACACGACGCACACAAGGAAUGAGCUCACAACCCCCUUGCCGCCCCCAUCAUCUAGACUUCUAGAGUACCUUCUGCUGAAUAUUAGUUGAGCUACAGGCCCACUUAACAAUUUCAGAAAAUCCCUAAUGGCCCAUGUUGUCAAUUGAGUGGUGAGAAGUUUAGUCCCACAUGGCUAGUUGAGAGAGAUGUAUACCAACUUAUAAGGUGAGCUCUUCUCCCAUUAGUAUGAGUUGGUGUAAAGGAAGGAGAGGUGUUCCACACGCGCGCUCCUCCUCCUCCGCUUUAUUGCUGGACCAUCGCAGCUGCUGCUACGGCCGACUGGCCUACUGGAGGGUAUAACACAUUUACACCUCUCCUGUUUACUUUCAUGUGUGCAGUACUAGUGGUUUGCAUAGAUGUUUCUACUAUCUGCCUAGUACGUGCAUACAUCAUCAAAAUUCAGUAUGUCAUUAACACUGCCUAUGUCAUGUUCAUGAUUUAUUAUUGGAUUAAAUUAAUCGAACAAUUGCUUAAUUUCUCAACACCUUCAUGGCACGCGGCUUCCGGUUCACCGGGGCAUAGGGUUUUCCUGGUUGAGGAACGGAGCCAUCACUUAAGAUUCGCCCCCUCGAACACCAUCAUCUGCAGGAACCAUCCUCAUCUAACCUAGCAUAAAAUUGUAGUCGUGCUUCUCAGUUUUGGGCAUAUGUCAAGGAUAUUAUAAUGAUGUCUAGAGCAUUACGAACGGGAUGAGGCGUCACCAUUUGUAGGGCAGAUUCCUUGUUGGCGACAAACUAGCUGUAUAUGUGGAGCUCUUCCAUGAUACGAUGCUGUCAGGCAAGGGUGGAAAUAAUGUAUUAUGCUUCUUUUUGUUGAAAAAGAAUUGUCACUAGCAAUGUGUUCGUCGUGGACAACUCCGUAAUUCCUUUGAAGCUUAUGUAACUUUCAUAGAGCAAAGUAUCCUUUUCUUUUGAUGCAAACAAAUUGAUAUGUGGCUGGAAGCAAUUCUCUGGUCGGUGGA